GUAUUUACGAUGCGUGUGUUUCUCGGUGGAAUAUUUGUUGCUUUUUUCCUGGUUGUCCAAGGCGCGAAGAAGAAUGUUUUAUUUAUAAUAUCUGAUGAUUUGAGACCACAGCUCGACCUAUACAAGGAAUUUAACCUCGGACCUACAUAUACACCAAAUCUCGAUGAUCUCGCUGGUAAAAGUUUGUUGGUCAAGAGAGCCUAUGUUCAGUUUGGUCUGUGUUCGCCAAGUCGAUCAUCUUUCUUAACGGGUCGCAGACCCGACACGACCCACGUCUACGAUCUGCACAGUUAUUUCCGUAAUGCCGGAGGCAACUUUACAACCCUGCCUCAGUAUUUUAAGAACAAUGGAUACAGGAGUGUGGGUAUGGGUAAAAUAUUUCACCCGGGCGCGGUAGCGUCUAACAAUAAUGAUCCUUUAUCUUGGAAUGAAUUUUAUCUAGAACCUGCGAGUGAUGCUGGUGGACCCGGUGGAUCCGGUGGACCCGGUGGACCCGGUGAACACAACGGACCAGGCGGACCCAGCGGACCAGGCGGCCACGGUGUACCCGACGGGCACGGCGGACCUGACGGACACGGCGGACCCGAAGGACACGGCGGACCCGAAGGUCACGGCGGAUCCGCAGGACACGGCGGACCCGAAGAACACGGUGGACCUGAAGGACACGGCAGACCCGAAGGACACGUCGGACCUGAAGGACACGGCGGGCAGGGUGGUCCCCUUUUGGAAACCGAACGUGAUGUCAGUUGGAGAGCCGUCUCUGAUGCCGAACGACUUCAAGAUCCAUUAGACGAUGAUAAAAUCGCAGCCCAAGCUAAGACGUCUCUAAAUGAACUAUCAAAAGGUGAUCAACCAUUUUUCUUGGCCGUUGGCUUCACUAAGCCUCAUUUACCUUUUGUCUUCCCACAGAAAUAUUUGACACAUUUUCCUUUAUCUGAAAUCCACCUUCCUAACAAUGCCUACGCUCCUAUAGAUAUGCCGAGAUUGGCUUGGUAUAACAUGGUUGAAAUUAGAGAUUACCAGGAUAUACGCGCCUUAAACAGCACUGGCCAGCCAAACACUACCUUUCCUGAUAAUAUAGUCAAAGAUUUAAGACGAGCCUACUUUAGCACGGUCUCAUACAUGGAUGAUUUGGUCGGAGAUGUUUUGGCGGAAUUAAAGAAGCUAAAUUUGAUGGAUGAUACAAUCAUUGCUGUUAUAGGGGAUCACGGAUACAACUUAGGUGAACAUGGGCUGUGGGGUAAGCAAACAAACUUUGACGACGCAUUACAUGCCCCAAUGAUGAUCCGCGUUCCGGGUAUGACUGAUCAAGGUGCUGUCACAAAUCAACUCGUCGAAUUUGUGGACCUGUUUCCCACUAUAGCCGAGGCAGCUGGACUUCCUGAGGUACCCCUCUGCCCAGAAGAAUCAUCUCAUGUAACUGUCUGCACGGAAGGAAAAAGUAUGCUCAACUUAAUUAAAAAUCCGACCGCACAGGGGAAAACUGCCGCCUUCUCACAAACCUAUAGCCGUGAUGACAAUGCAAUGGGAUAUACGGUAAGGACGGAUAGAUACCGUUACACCGAAUGGGUUCAGUUUGAUGGAGCACCGACCUAUAAAGCAGAUAUGUCACAAACGAUAAGCCGGGAACUAUACGAUCACUCCCACGACAUGCAAGAAAAUGUAAACCUGGCUGAUCAUCCUAAUAUGGCCAGCAUCGUGGCAUCCUUGAAGAAUACUCUACAUGUUGGAUGGAGAUCUGUUCAUACAGAUUUAAUUGGGAAAUAA